AUGAAAAAGAAAGCACUAUGGGUGCUUGUGGUGGUUUGGGGUAUUGCAUGUUUAUGUGGCUCUCGUGGGUGUCGGGAACAAGAAAGGGUUGCACUCUUAGCACUCAAUGCCACAUUGGACUUGCCAUAUUGGGUGGACGUUGGGGGAUCAUAUUUCAACUGUUGUAGCUGGGAAGGUGUUGAGUGCAACCCCACCACAAGACGAGUCACUCAGCUAAUGCUCUCUAAUUCGAGAUAUUACCGCUUCGGCUUCAAAACUUGGUACCUAAAUGCUUCUCUACUUCUUCCCUUUGAAGAGCUCAAGAGCUUUGAUUUGUCCUACAACUAUUUGGGAGGGUGGAUUGCCCCAAAAGAACCAAACCUGCUAUCUUCCAAGCUGAGCAAACUGGAGGUGCUUGACUUGAGUUACAACUCUCUAAAUAAUUCUAUUCUACCCAUUCUCGGGGCAUUGUCAUCCCUCAAGAUCCUUUCUCUCCAGAAUAGUACAAUAGAAGGAACGAUAACUGCCCAAGGCUUAUGCAAUAUGGUAAAACUAGAAGAGCUGGAUCUUAGCAUUAACGGAAUUACUGGUGGACUUCCUACAUGCUGGCGAAACAUGACCUCUAUUCGGAUUCUAAGUCUUGAAGACAAUGAGUUCACAGAUAAUGUCGCUUCAUCUCCCCUCACUAGUCUUACUUCACUCGAAUUUCUUUCCAUUUCGGGUAACCAUUUUGAUAUCCCCUCAUCGCUUGGCCCACUUGCAAACCAUUCAAGACUUAAGGUGCUAUUUCUCGAUGACACCAAACUAACAAUUGAUACCAAAGGUGCAUCUUUGAUCCCAAGGCUCCAAUUGAAGGUUUUUAGUAUGGCAAAUAGUCUAUUAAAAGGAUUCAAAGUGACUUCUCUUGACUUUCUCAAUCAUCAAUAUGACCUGAGAGUCAUUGAUCUCUCCUCGAACGACAUUUUGGGUCCCUUUCCAGCUUGGUUGUUGGAAAACAACACUAAGUUGGAAAUACUUCUCAUGAGAAAUAACUCCUUUACAACACUUGAGGUUCCAUCAAUAACCCUUUUUAAUCUUUCGGUGAUGGACCUAUCCAACAACGGCAUGAGACGAGAGCUCACGACUGAAUUUUGUUUCAAUGUCCCAAAUCUACACCGCCUUAAUCUAUCAGCCAACAGAUUGGAAAGGAAUAUUCCAUCUAAACUGGGUAGUAUAAAAUCCCUAUAUAUCUUAGACUUGUCUAGCAACAAUUUCUCAGGGGGACUACCUGUACAAAUACUAGAGAGUACCUUAUCAUUUGAAACGCUCAACGUAGCAGAUAAUAACUUGCAAGGAGAAAUUGUGUUUUCUAAUGAUAGCAUGAAACUAGAUUUGUUAAUUUUGCGGUUAGACCACAACUUGUUCACUGGAAGUCUCUCUUUUCUUUCUUCCCUCGUAAAUUUGUGGGCAUUGGACCUUAGCGACAACUUAUUCAUUGGCAAGCUUCCGAGAUUGAUUACAAACUUGUCAUCGCUUGCGGCCCUUGACUUGUCUAAAAAUCAAUUGGACGGCAUCAUCCCUCAAGAACUCUUUAAUCUUGAGUGGCUUGUCUAUUUGGAUUUGUCUGACAACAAUCUCUCUGGUCCACUACAAUCAUUUUUUAUGUCACAGCGGAUGAGUCACAUCCAUUUGAAUAGGAACAAAUUGAAUGGUUCAAUCGUGCAUGUGCUCUCUAACAGCUCCCAUUUGGUGACCUUGGAUCUGAGUGAAAAUGAAUUCUCUGGAAGCAUACCUUAUUGGUUAGGUAACCUCUCUCAACUGAGCAUUCUUUCACUGAGAGGUAAUAGCUUCGUUGGAACAUUUCCCAAGCAAUUGUGCAACUUAAAAAGCUUAAGUAUGAUUGAUCUUUCUGAAAACAAUCUGUUUGGUCCAUUACCUAGUUGCUUGGGACCCAUGAAUUUCUCCUCCAGUGGAUAUGCCGAUAAGUCAAUUUCAACACCGAUGGGAACUACAAUUACAGGAUGGUUACCUUCGUCUUAUGUGAGGACAAUUAAAAGCCACACCAAGCUAUUCUCCGAAGAACUAGAAGAACGGGCAUUUCGAGUUCCACAAAUAGUCGGGUUCACAACAAAAGGAAGGUUUGAUUCUUAUAAAGGCUACGCACUCCUUAAAAUGGUAGGACUAGAUCUUUCUUGCAACCAGUUCAGUGGGGAGAUCCCACCAGAGAUUGCAAUCUUGCAAGACAUGCUUGUGCUGAACCUGUCCAAUAACAAGCUUACAGGACAUAUACCGACGUCAUUGUUGAGCCUCACAAAGAUAGAGAGUAUUGACCUUUCCUACAACAACUUGAUUGGAUCUAUCCCUGAAGAGCUUACUCAGUUGAAAUCCCUAGAAGUCUUCAAUGUGUCUUACAACGACUUGUCAGGAGCUAUACCAAAUAAAAAUCAGUUCGGGGCUUUUGAUGAAAGCAGUUACUACGGAAACCAUCUUCUUUGUGGACUUCCAUUGAGUAAUGACUGUUCAACAACCAUUAACGUUAAUAGCUCAGCAACAAAAUCAUACAUGAAAGCUAAAGAAGAUGGUUUCAUAGACAAGGAGACAUUUUAUAUCAGCUUCGGAGUGUCAUACACGAUGGUUUUACUGCAUGGAAUGAGGUUUUGA